GAGCCGGAUCGGGCCGGGGGGGCCGUGGGGCGGGUGGCACCCCCCUUCUCUCUUCCUCCUCCUCCUCUUCCUCCUCCUCCUCUUCUUAACUUGGCCACGGCGGCGCGGGGCGGUGCGCUUCGCCCUGCGCCGGCGACGGGGGAUGUGCGGGCGGCGGCGGGAUGGCUUCGGCCGUGUUUGAGGGCACCUCGCUGGUGAACAUGUACGUGCGGGGCUGCUGGGUGAACGGGAUCCGGCGGCUCAUCAUCAGCCGGCGGGGCGACGAGGAGGAGUUCUACGAGAUCCGCACCGAGUGGUCGGACCGCAACAUCCUCUACCUGCAUCGCAGCUACUCUGACCUCGGCCGCCUCUUUAAGCGACUCCUCGACUCCUUCCCUGAGGACCGGCCCGAGCUGUCCCGCUCCCCUUUGCUCCAAGGGCUCAUCACAAUAAAAGAAGCCCAUGAUAUAGAAGCCAGACUUAAUGAAGUGGAAAAGCUUCUGAAGACUAUUAUAAACAUGCCCUGGAAGUAUUCAAGGUCUGAAGUUGUCCUCACAUUCUUUGAGAGAUCUCCUUUGGACCAAGUUCUGAAAAAUGACAAUGUCCAUAAAAUUCAGCCAAAUUUUCAAAGUCCAGUUAAAAUAUCAGAAAUCAUGCGAUCAAAUGGAUUUUGUUUAGCCAACACUGAAACAAUAGUCAUUGACCACAGUAUACCUAAUGGAAAAGAGAAGCACCUGGAUGUAGAUUCAGCAGAACAUUUGUUCGAAAGUGUUAGUGACUUUACCUCAGAGCUGGAAGACAGUGAUGAUCCAACAGCUUAUGUCACCAAUUUGACAUACUACCACCUGGUUCCAUUUGAGACUGACAUUCUGGACUGAGACUGCUCAAGGAUGCAGUCAGCCAGCAUCCAGCCAACCUCUUCAUCUAUAGGCUCUGCUAUCUCUGGCAUUGCAACUCUGUGAAUAAGGCUGUGCAGACAAAACCAACAGCAGAGAAGCUGCAGCAAGUACGCCACAAAGCUGAUUUUGUAGUGUGGUCCUCCGUUGUGUAUUAUGGAGACAUCUUGUAAGAAGGUUACUGCUUUGCUGUUGACAACAAAAUCAUUUUCUGUGAAAGCAAAGCAACAGAGGCCUCUUAGGGCUCAAGGAAAUCUCUACCGUGUCUGUGGGAACUGCCACUCUGAUGCAGCCAUCAGAAACUUGUGCUGUGGUACUCUGUCAGCCGUGCUCCUCGGCUUGCAGUGCAGUUUGAGGCUUCCUCUUUUAGGAUACCAGCAGAAACUUCCCCAGAUGGUGUGACCACGCUUUUUAUGAUGUGCAAGCAAGAAAACAAGCAAAGCAGCUGAACUUUGUCAGUUCCCUCUGCAGUUGCUUGAUGGAGGUCUUGUGGGUCGCUUUUUGCUCAGCUACUGGUUGAUUGGUGCCUUACACGAGAUGUCAGAAAUACCAUUGAGUGCCUCCAGGAAACAGAACACAUGAGCUGAUGGCUUUACUUCUUUUAAUCAUGGGCUUUUAUAUAAUCACUGAAAGGGUGACUGCUCCUUCCUGGAAUAGUAAAGCAGGCAGCAGCUGGCAUUGCAAUGGACUGUGCAUGAUGUUUGGGUACCCAUACAAUUUCAGAACUCUGGAAAGCUGAUGGGAAAGCUGACCUGCUCUGCUAAGAAGCGUCAAGGCUAUGGCAGGCACUUUGAUACAACUUUUUUUUUUAUGAGGA